CUGGCUAUCGAUCUAUUGAACCCCUCUGCAGAACAUGAGCGCAAGCAGCAUAAACUCAAGCGUCUCGUCCAAUCCCCCGAUUCUUAUUUCAUGGAUGUGAAAUGCCCAGGAUGCUUUGCUAUUACCACUGUGUUCUCCCAUGCACAAUCAGUUGUGCUUUGCGGCUCGUGUUCGAGUGUCCUCUGCCAACCUACGGGUGGUAAAGCGAGACUAACUGAGGGUAUGUCAUUGAAUUGCGAUGGUGACAAAACAUUAACGUCAUUUUUACAGGUAGUUCAUUCCGUCGGAAGAAUUAAACUCUUCAGACUUUCACACUCACAUUACACUUCGCGCCCCCUCUUCCAUGCUUGCCCAAAAAUCAUAUGA